AUGAGAUUCCUUGUGGGUCCCGUCUGCGUCCUUCUCAUACUGUUACGGGAACCCGCAUGUGGAGAUUGGAAAGUUUCUGCAGAGUCAGUGAACCCAUGCUGCUACUUUCCCUGUCAGAACCAGGGCGUGUGUGUGAGGUAUGCCGAGGAAACCUACGAAUGCGACUGUGUUGGCACCGGCUUUCAUGGAGAGAACUGCACUGUCCCUGCAUUUUGGACCAGAGUGCGACAAUUCCUCCGGCCGCGCCCCGAGGCCUUGCACUUCCUCCUCACCCACUUCAGCUGGCUCUGGGACAUCGUCAACAGCACUUCUCUGAGGGAUUUUCUCAUGCGUCUCGUCCUAACAGUCAGAUCCAACUUCGUACCCAGCCCCCCGACAUACAACUCCAAAUACAGCUACCUCUCCUGGGAAUCCUACCACAAUCUGAGCUACUACACUCGUCUCAUGCCUCCUGUGCCGCUGGAUUGUCCUACGCCCCUCGGGGUCAGAGGUGCCGCUGGGCUUCCGGACCCUGGGCUGAUGGUUGAGAAAUUGUUUAAGAGGAAAACUUUCAGGAAAGACCCACAAGGAUCUAACUUAAUGUUUGCAUUCUUUGCACAACACUUUACACACCAGUUUUUCAAGACCGCAAACCGCUUGGGUCCCGGCUUCACGAAGGCCUUAGGGCACGGCGUCGAUGCUGGACACAUUUAUGGAGACAAUUUAGAACGACAGAUGCAGCUCAGGCUCCUCAAGGAUGGAAAACUCAAAUACCAGCUCAUAGAUGGUGAAAUGUACCCUCCCACCGUUGAGGAAGUCCCAGUGACAAUGAACUACCCUCCCCACACUCCACUCCACCAGCAGCUGGUCUUUGGUAACGAGCUUUUCGGGCUUCUUCCUGGUUUGGGGAUGUACGGCACCAUUUGGCUGAGAGAGCACAACCGGGUCUGUGACAUUCUGAGGCCUCUACAUCCACACUGGGACGACGAGCAACUUUUCCAAACCGCACGAUUUAUCAUAAUUGGUGAAACGAUUCGAAUAGUUAUAGAAGAGUACGUCCAGCAGCUCAGUGGGUACCAUAUGCAGCUGAAGUUUGACCCGGUCAUGCUUCACAACACACCCUUCCAAUACGGCAACCGGAUCGCUCUGGAGUUUGUGCACUUGUACCACUGGCACCCGUUGAUGCCAGACACGAUCGACAUCGACGGAGACACAUUGACAUACGAAAGAUUCAUCUUUAACACCAGUAUUGUCUCUCAUUAUGGAAUAGAGAAGAUGGUGGAUUCGUUUUCCCGACAAAACGCAGGCCAGAUUGGAGGUGGUUUUAACAUGCACUCUGUACUUCUCUCUGUCGCCGUGAAUACGAUAGAAGCGUCGAGACUUCUGCGUAUACAGCCGUUCAAUGAGUACAGGAAAAGAUUUAAUUUGAAGCCAUAUACGUCGUUUAGAGAGUUUAGUGAUAAUGAGGAAAUGGCCAGUCAACUUGAAGAGUUUUAUCACGGUGACAUUGACGCCCUCGAGUUCUAUCCUGGUCUGUUAUUGGAGAAGACGCGUCCAGGUGCGAUCUUCGGAGAGAGCAUGGUGGAGAUGGGAGCGCCCUUCUCCCUCAAGGGACUGUUGGGGAGCCCCAUCUGCUCCCCGCUCUACUGGAAACCAAGCACUUUUGGAGGCCAAGUCGGGUUUGACUUGAGUAUUCUGCUGGCGGAGUGA